AUGGACAGGAAUCCUUUGCUUCCGUUUGCAUACACCACGUCUGCGUCGGGAGAUAUCCCACUCAAUACGACCCCGCGAGAUCGGGAAACUCGUGACAAGAAUGCAAGUAGCAUGUAUCACACGCGUACACCUGAAUCAAAACGAGUUGGGCCCGUAUUGAACUUUGUCCCAAGUUUGAAACGUAAGAUGGGGGCAUCUUUCAACGAAAAGGAUAAUAUCAAGAGACGAGAGUAUACACAUAGUUCGGCAGAUGAAGAAGAUGAAGACGGUGAGGAAGAUGAAGACGAUGAAGCGAAUGCUACAAUUGUUGAUCAUGAUGACAUUGUCAGGAGUGUAACAGCCCCGCCCAGUAGCCCCCCAGCGGCAGUUUUAGCAUCCGAAUUUGACAUAUCUACCCAAGCGUCAAAUGUUCCAGAUUCCCCUACUCAUAAUUUUCCAAGUGAAUGGAGCAAUGCUGACGAUUCUCUUCCUAAAAGAGUUAAUCGAAAUCUUAGUUCAGAUGCUGAUUUUGGAAUUGAUCGAUUCAAUCGCUUCAAAGGUCCAAAUUAUCUUUCUACCGAUGACGAUAAAUGGGAUCUGGCACAGCAAUUUGAGCGCAGCAUGCAACUCAGAGCCAGAGAUAUAGUCAUUCAAGCAUUUGAAGAUAUGCAAACCACCAUCAACUUGGAAGGGAUGCAACUUAAAGAGGUUCCUGAUGAAGUUAAAGAUAUGGAUAACUUGGUGAUUUUUAAUCUUGAUCCAAAGGCACAUACUUCAUAUCAACUUUAUCUUACCAAUAAUAAGUUACGGGUUCUUCCUCCAUCAUUAUUCAAAUAUAGAAAACUUAAUGUAUUGGGAUUAAGGCGUAACAAAUUAGAGAAAAUUCCAUCUCAAAUUGGUAAAUUAUCUAACUUGACAGAUUUAUAUCUAGGUACUAACAGACUUGAAUAUUUACCGCAUACAAUUUUGGAUUUACCUCAUCUUGGCAUUCUUCUGGCGGGACCAAACCCGUUCCUUGAAGUUCCUGAUAAUGCUAUUCCUAUCACUACCGCUACCAUUACACCAACAAAGAAUAAAAGAUACGCAUCGGAGCCGCACAUCUUACAAGAUGAUUUGAAACCAAUUCCAUCUCUUAGAUCGUUAUGUCUUAACGCUAUUGCAAAGUACGAUGUAUCAUACCAGGAAACGAAGAACUGGAAACGUCAUACACCUAUAUUAUAUCAUAAAUUAAUUGCCAAGGCCAUUCAACACGGUCAAUACGAAACACGAUGUUGUGAAUGUGAUUUGAUUGUGGUGGAACCUGCUGCAGAAGCAUUUGAAUGGUGGGAUUUCUUGGGUAACAAAUUAAUUCCAUUUAAAAGGGAAUUUUGUUCUGGAAGAUGUCUACAACUUUGGAAAGUUACUUUACAUGCAGAUUCUCAAGGUAUUGAAGAUUUAGAUGUAAUGAAGUAA